UGUCUGAUCGCAACGGUGCAAUCGGAUUUCAAUUCGAAGAAAGUUGGACCAAAAAGUGUUCCCCGACUGGGACCAAAUUAGUCCCAAUCAGGGACUUGCGUUUGGAAUCGAAGAAAUAUCGCAGCCCCCUCCACUGAGACGCCGAAACAGGAACGGAUACAUCAUCACCUUGGCCUCUUCCUCCAUUCUUUUACUAUAUAAGAAACCCAACUUCACCAUUUCUUCACCAUUCUUCAUCAAAUUCAUUCUGAGAGAUAGCCUUGAGUGUGGAGAACGCAGUGGUGUUGUCAAUUUGAUCCAAGAGAAGCACGACCAGCGAGAAAUUGUUUUGAUACAUUCUGGAAUUGAAGGUGUUAAACGAAAAAGACAACUGGGAAGAGAAGAGAUAAGGCAAUGAAGUCUGGUUUGCAGAGCUACCACGGAUUUGCCGAAUUACAACACGACCUCCUCAUAGCGUUGGUGAAUCAAGAUGGGUACCACAAGAACUAUCUCACCAUCAACUAUAUUCUCAAGGGGUUGGCCGAGAUGUUGUACCCCGUCUAUGCCAAUGCAAAGCUUGCCAAUGAGCUUUGGGACAACUUGAACAAGAAGUAUCAAGCUGAAGACGCCGGCACGAAGAAAUUCAUCGUCGAAAAGAUGCUAGACUAUAAAAUGGUUGAGAGCAAAUCUGUUGUCGCCAAGGCUGGGGAGCUUACGGACGGGCUUGCCAGAAAAGGUGGAGGGGCGAAGGCAAAUGUGGUGGAACAUCCUUCAGGCUCCUCACAUGGCGGGAAGAACAAAAAGAAAAUAGGUCCUAAGGGUGGCAUUUCUAAAUUUGCGGCGAAGUGCUACAAUUGUGGCAUCACCGGGCGUCGUUCCUCCAAUUGCAGGAAAAAGAAGCCACAAAAGAACAAGAAGAAGAUAACUGAAGCCAUGUGCGCAGAGCUCGACAACUUGGACCUCUGUGUAGUUGUCACCGAGGUGAAUCUUAUCGGGUCAAACCUGAAGGAAUGGUUUGUGGACACAGGAGCCACACGCCAUAUUUGCUCCGCUGACAAGGCCAAGGGCGGAGGUGGUGGCGGCGGCGGCGGAGGGAAGAAGGCGUUGAGAGUUGGGGACAAGAACAACCCCUCCUCCUCCUCCAGAUCUGGGCCGUCGGUGGGGUCCACCGAGGAGAGGGUGCCAGAACUGAAGGAGCGGUGGAACCCGAAGCCGGAGCAGAUUCGGAUACUCGAGGCCGUUUUCAACUCCGGCCUCGUGACUCCGAUGCGGGAGGACAUCAUGAAGAUUAGGGCCCGGAUUGAGGAGUACGGCCAGGUGGCGGAUUCCAGCGUCUUUUACUGGUUCCAGAACCGGAAAUCUAGGAGCAAGAACCGCCAGCGCAAGCAGCGGCGGUCCGCCGACCCACCGCCCCUUCAGCAGCAGCAGCAAAACCCUCCUCCUCCUCCUCCUCUUCUUCCUCUUCAGCCGCCGCUGACCGCCUUCGCCGCCCCGGGGAUGACCCUAGUUUCGACAACCUCAACCGCAUCGUCCUCCUCGUCUUCCGGGAACAACAACCCCGGCUCGUACAUCCAGUCCCCUCCCGCCGAGACCGAGUAUCUCGCCGAGCUUCCCCCGUUCGUGUACCCCGACGCCACGCCUCUUGAUGGCAGCGGCGGUGCUUCUUCAUCCGCGGCGCAUUUCACUCAAGGGUUCGGCUUCCACGCAGCCACCGCCAUCGAUGACGACCUCCCGGAAGCUUCUUUCACUGAGCUUCUCACUGUUGGGAACCCUUCUUAUGGUGGUUUUCCGGCCACCCAUCUCAUGGGGAAUUUCAACCAACAAUUUCCCUCUUCUUCCCUUUCUCUUCCUCCUCCUCCCCCACCUUUCCCAGGGGAGGGAAAGGUGACGGUGAUGAUAAACGAGAUGGCAUUUGAGGUGCCGGCGGGGCCAUUCAACCUCCGGGAGGCGUUCGGCGACGGGGCGGUGCUGUUCCAUUACGCCACCGGCCAGGCGGUGGUCACUAACGAGUGGGGCUUCACUCUCCAUCCCCUACAGCAUGGAGAAUCCUACUGCUUACUCCGCACCUCGCCUUAAUUAGCUCUACUCUCAUUUGAUCAGAUAUAGAGCAAAAAUGGGCAAAGGAAUGUGGGAUGAGAGGUGUUGCAGU